AUGGCCGGAGGUGGAGGCAAUUUUCGCCAUCUUGGCCGCAAGUCGUCGCAUCGACAGGCCCUGCUCCGCAACCUGGUCACCUCCCUGAUCAAACAUGAGUCCAUCACAACGACAUGGCCCAAGGCCAAAGAGGCCCAGCGACUGGCCGAGAAACUGAUUACCCUGGGCAAGAAGAACACCGAGUCCAGCCGGAAACGCGCCUUGUCAAUUUUCUACACCCCCCAUGAGAUGCUCCCCAAACUCUUCGGCUCGCUGCGCGAACGCUACGCCGAACGCCCCGGCGGCUACACCCGGGUAUUGCGCGUCGAACCCAAGAAAGACGACCAGGCGCCCAGCGCCAUCCUGGAACUGGUCGACGGUCCCAAGGACAUGCGCUUUGCCCUGACAGCCCGCACCAUCGCCCGACAACGGUCGCAAGGCCUCGAGACCCUCAACGAGUUGACCACCAUGAACGUGCGCAAGGUGACGCAGUUCCGAAAGGACGGCGUCGAGGACCUCGAGCGGGAAAUUGGUCGGUUAGGGCUCAAUGACAAGAAGGCGGAUAAGCCUGCCAAGGGGGCGGGUGAGAAGCAAUGA